GCCCCCGCGGCUCCUCCCACCCCCGGGGGCUUCCUCCAGCCUCCGGCGACUUCGAGUCGGGGAGCGCGGCUGCCGGCGCUCGUUCCCGCCGGGCUGGAGCGCGCCGAGCGCGGCUGUUCGGGGGCAGCGGGGCCGAGGGAGGCGCGGUGGCCUCGGUGUCCCGGCCCGCGCCCCGGCCGCCGGGAUGGUGUUGCUGGCCGGGCCCGGGCCGGAGGGCGGCGGGGCGCGCCGCGUGUCUCCGCAGACGCCGCCCCCACCCCGGGACGCUCCGGCCGGGGAGGACCCUGCGGACUACGAGGAGUACGAGGACUUCUCGUGCCUGCCCGACACCCGCAGCAUCGCCUCGGACGACUCCUUCUACCCCCUGGGAGGCGAGGAGGAAUACGGCACCGCGAGCGCCGAGAGCGUCCCAGAGGGCGUCCCGGAGGAGGCGACCCUCCUGCGCGCCGCCUGCGCCAACGACGUGGGGCUGCUGAGGGCGCUGGUGCGGCGGGGGCCGAGCGUGGAGGAGGCGCAGGAGACCGACCGCAACGGCCGGACUGGCCUCAUUGUCGCCUGCUACCACGGCUUUGUGGACACUGUUGUGGUCUUAGCCGAGUGCCCUCACGUUGACGUCAACUGGCAGGACAAGGAGGGGAACACAGCUCUAAUCACAGCCGCUCAGGCAGGGCACGUCACCAUCACCAACUACUUGUUGAACUAUUUUCCUGGUCUUGACCUUGAAAGGAGGAACGUGUUUGGGUUCACGGCCCUGAUGAAAGCUGCCAUGCAGGGCCGGACGGAGUGCAUCCGAGCCCUGAUGCUAGCAGGGGCAGACGUCCAUGCCAGGGACCCGCGCCGCGGGAUGGCGCCCCAGGAGUGGGCGGCUUACACCGGACGGUUGGAGGCGGUCCGCCUCAUCCAGAGGCUGCUGGAGCGACCCUGCCCGGAGCAGUUCGGGGAAAGGUACAAGCCAGAGCUGCCGCUGCCCGCGGAGGCGGUUCUGAAGCCGUCGGGCUCCAAAAGCUGCUUGCAGAGGCUUGCCGAGCUUGUGCGCUCCACGCUGACCUCGCGCUCACGCCAGGGCCCGGAGGAUGGGGGCGUCCUGGACCACAUGGUCAGGAUGACCACGAGCCUCUACAGCCCCGCCGUGGCCAUCGUCUGCCAGACCGUGUGCCCCGAGGACGCCCCCUGCGUGGGGAAGAGGCGCCUGGCGGUGCAGGAAAUCCUGGAGGCGCGGGGGAGCCGGGACACGCGCGCCCAGGAGGGUGACAAGAUAGAGGGCUCCGAGCCGCCGUUCCGGACCUCGCGGGCCGUGGGCGUCUCCAGAGAGGGAGCCCCGAGAGCCGGCCUCGCGUCCCCGCAGCAGCCGGGCGCCCCGCGGAGGGCCAGCCUCCUGCCCCUGCAGCUGCUGAGGAGGAGCAGCGUGCGGCCCGGCGUGGUCAUCCCCCGGGUGCGCAUCAGCAAGGCGCCCGCGCCCACCUUCCAGCCCGAGCGGGCGGCCGCGAGGGGCAGCACCAAGGACAGCGCGCACCUGCAGCUGCCCAAGUGGCGGUACAAGGAGGCCAAGGAGGAGAAGAGGCGGGCGGAGGAGGCGGAGAAGCAGCGGGAGGCGGCGGCGCAGAAGGAGAAGCGGGCGCCGUCCUGGAGGAAGAGGACGUGAGCGGCGGGCUCCCGGGGGUCGGCGGGGCUGCGCGGGGGAGGGUGCGGCUGGCCUCCCUGCUGGCUCGCGGCCCCGUGUCCCCCUGUCCCCGCGGCCCCGCAGCCCCCGCAGCCCCGGGCCAGGCUCGCACGGGGCCCAGACGCGCGCCGUCGGUUCCGGCUGCACGGUGAAUGGGGGAGGGCGCAGGUCCACGAGCCUAAAACCGGUUCCCCUGGCAAUCCGUACACCUAGUGGGCAAAUUUGCCCCAAAAGCCUAUCUCUAGAACCUCACUUGAGAAAAUUUUAAGACCAAUUUAUCGAAGGGUCUGAAUAAUUUUGUAUUUUUAAUCAUGAUCCCAUUUGCAGCAUUUUACUGGUGAUGGGGCUGUUUGUAUUUAAGACAGUUUUAACAUGUUUGCCUGAAGACCCUUUAACAUACUGUUUCCAGCAAUAAUUAUUUGUGAUAUCUCUAUGAUUUCAUACAGAAUUUGUGGAAGUCUCCCCUUUCUUGCCAUUUGUCUUUCCUUCUCACCAUAGGUGUGUGUGAGCAUUGUAUGUUCUUAUUGAUUUGAUUAACCUCUUCUGAAUAUUUGUUUCUACUUGAUGGAGGCAUUUACUUUUCCAGAAAAAUGAUGAAGUAAGUCAGGGGAAUCAGAUUUCCUUUGUAUCUUAUUUGAAAGCUCUCUUACUUAUACGGUAAUAAUAAUGAAGAAAAACCUGUUGUCAAAGCACGAAACCAUGCAUAGAGAACCAUGUAUUUAUUGCUAGAACUAAAUAUUUUAAGCAAGGGACUUUAGAUAAACUGGAUGCAAAGCCUUUAACAUAUUAAAAAAUAGAUAUGCGAAAAAUCUAUUAUUUAAUAAAAUGGGGGCAAAUGUAAUAGAAUUUUACUAGAAUUACAAAAUUAAGUCCUCUGUGCUCUUAGGUAAAUUGAAUUCAGAUAUCCUUAAAACGUAAAAAAGAUGCAAAAGAAUAAGCCAUCAGGGUGAUACAAAUCACUGGAAAGGGGGAGAGGACUAAACAAACAGAUUAGAACUGAAUAUUAAGCAAACUUGUUUUAGGCAAAUUCUACUGGAGUGAGUCCGGAGGAGGGCUGCUCCCUCCUCCAGACUCAAUUCCAAAGAGCUCCUGGUGUGGAAUUACUUGUAUUUUUUCCUUUGAUGACUGCCUGUGAUGUUCAGUUUAUCCUCAUGCUGGCUUUGUAGAAUUUUCAAGAUAUGGGGACUUGGGCAGAGCACGGAUGUGAUUUGCCCUGGGCCCUGAGCUCAGUGGGAGUUUUUGUCCAGACUUUUUAUCUCCAAAGCACUGAGAAAUUCUAAUGAAUCUCUGGCCAUGUGGGUUGCAGAGUAUCUGUCACAUAUGCACUACUGACGGCACUUUAUUUAAAAAUUAUCCUGCUUGGAAGCCAUAGAUCUAAAAUAGUAGCGACUGAUUUGGAAGCUUUUUCUCAUAACCCUGGAUUCACAUGUCAAAUUGUGCUCCCUGGCUGUGUCGUGAUGAGCACCUCUCUCAUGAUGUGGGCACGGUGGCGCCGGCCUCUCUCUGGUGCCUCCCUCUUGGCACCAUGAAGCAUUGCGCUCUCUGGGGCCUCAUGCUCCUCUCUCCAGAAACUUCAAUCAUCAGGCUACUGGACAGCACCAGCCUGAUGGGUAGGCGUGAUGAUAAUGCAGCUCUCAAAGUCAGAUUUUAGUGAGCCUUUCCCUUUUUUCAGAAUGGCAUAGAGGUCUGGAACCACUUUUAGCAUCACUGAUACUAAGGGUAGCUGCAGCUCCAAGAGUUGGGAUUGGCCGAGUCUCCUUGGAAGAGAUGAGGUGAAGAGAAACACCCCUCAUCUCCCUCACAGUCUGAUCCAGCAUCUGUUGAGAUCAUUUUCUGGUUUGUGUAUUUUCACUGCUUUGAGUGGCUGGCUGUAUUUUCUCACUGAGGGGUCACCUUUUGCUGCCUUGCUUCUAGUGUUGGUUGGGGGCAGGGGCGAUGAUGGGCAAUGACCUCCUUCUGCUCUGUGGGCACAUUCAUUCCUUGCCACUCCCUUCACCUUCUCUCUUCCUUGCUUGCCUCUCCUUCCUUUGCUUGUUUUCUUCUCCAGUUUUGGCUAAAUGCCCUGAUCCUCCUUGGCACCACCACUCUGAGGUCUAAAAAGGGCAGAAAAGGAAGGCGAUCAUGAGAGGCAGUUGAGUUAUCAUGUAGUGACCUCCACCUACCCAGUGAAUGAAGGACAGAUUUCCCCAGUUUCUGUGCAGAGAGUUUAGGAUUUCGGCACAGCCCCACAUGCCUUUUUGUUGUUGUUGUUUUAAGAUUUAUUUAUUUUGAGAGAGAAUCUUUCAAGUGGACUCCUUGCUGAGCAAGGAGACCCAAUGCAGAGCUUGAUCCCAUAACCCAUGAGAUCAUGACCUGAGCCAAAAUUAAGAAUUGGAUGCUCAACUGACUGAGCCCCCCACCCCCUUACCCCUGUCCAAGGGAGGGAGACCUAGUUUGCUCUCCUGCCAGAUGACAGACACUCUGCUAUACAGAGGAGGACAAGCCGGUGUCUCCUUGCACCCCUGAUGUUUAUUAACUGUAAAUAGUGAAUUACAAGUUGACAGGUACCUUCUCAGGGAUUUAUAUAUAAAUGUAGUUAGAAGAAAAGAUGAAGUAUAUUUUAAUACUUUUAUUAAACUGUUCGAGUGAAUUAUGAUUACACUAGACAGAAGAAAUAUUUCUGAGAUGAUGUCAGUGGUGUUGUCUUCCAGGGAGAGGCCCGUGAUCUCCCUCAGUUGAGAUUUUCUGGUUAUUGGAGACCUGGGACUUUGGCAGCUAAAAUGGCUCUGGAGUGGACAUGUGGUCACCUCAGCACCUACCGAUACCUCCUGUGGAUGUGAACCCUCGUAUUUAAAACACUUCAGUCUUUGUGUGAAGUGGCCGUGAGAACACAGAUGGGCGACUCACCGAUUUUACCUCCAGAACUGGCUCCCCCCUGUCUGCUACUGGGGUGUGCAGGGUGCCAGUGCCAGUUUCUUGGCCUGACUUCUGUGAAUCCAGUGUUCUGUAGGCAGCCCAGUGCCAGGCUCACAGCUGGAAGGAGGGCGGAGAACAGCUGGGUUCGUCUGCAGGGACCUCAGGGCUCAGUGUAUGAAGUCUCCAUGUCUUGGCCACGCUGGAGAACACAGCCCAGAACACUAGGACCUUCCUGAGUCCCUGCGGCUCCUCCCAGUGGCAGCACUGGAUACCUCAGCGACGUGAAUGGAGACCCAAGGGGCCCGAGGGGCCCAUUCAGCAGAGGACAGAGGGAUCGUGAGGUCAGCCGGAGCACGGCCCAUUGCAGGCUGCGUCUGCCCACCUCCUUCCGAGCUGCUGGGGGUGAGCAGGCCUCCGGGGGCCCAGCGCCUGAGGGGAGGCCAGGCAGCUGUGUAAACGGAAUUGCACCAGGUGGGCCAAGCCCCAGUCCUGAAAUGGAUGCAAAGCUGGCUAUCCUUGGGGAAGAAUCAGAGGUACCAAGUUAUGAAAAGAGAGUUAAUGAACCCUGAGAGUUCAGUAAAGGGGCCAAGAUGAGGCUGUUCUUGCAGCCUCUGGCAAGAACCCUGCUCCUCCGCCCUCUCGUUCCCACUACAGUCCGAGAGAAGACCAUCUUUUCCUAAUGAACCAGUUCGCUCUGCGCAAGGAGUUCCAGGCCUGCUGUAAGGUGCGCCUCUCCCGGGGUGUGCCUCUCCCCAGGUGUGCCAGGAGAGCCCGCCCGCUCCCCUUGUCUCCUCCUGUCCCCCGUGGCCUGGAGAGCCACCACCUACUGCUGUAAGGUCUACGUGGGCUUGUAGGUGAUAAAACAUUUGCACUUGUUCUCUUUUACUGCCUUUGGGGGAAACGCUAACACGACGCUCCCUGGGUAUUUGCCCAGGAUGCUCUCCGGCCCGUGCAGGUAACAAGUGGACCGGGCUGUGGCUUCUCCUGCCCUGGAGGGCAGGGAAGGUGGCGGGUCCAUCACCGCCGGCGUCUGCACUACGACAGUCCCGUUUAAGGCGGCAGCUGGACUCGGGAGGAUGACUGUCACAGCGAGGGUGCUGCUGCCCACAAAGAACUUAGAACAAAACUGUUCUUCCCCGGAGGCAGAUUGCCGUGUUCCCUGUUUCACACCUUGAUGCGUUUAGAACUUGCUUAAUUCGUCUGUGUCACUUUGGAGUGACACUCUGGAGUCAGCUGCUCAUUUCUGGGACCUUGGGUUCACAUGUUUCUUCACUAACAUUUAAAAUAAGUGGCUUAAAAAAAUUCUUCUGGAGGUUUUUUGGGGGGGAAAAAAAGAGAGAAACACAAAACUCACCACUACCUGAACUGAUUUAGCUAAUUUUCGAGUGACCCGGUUGAAUGGCUGCUGUGCUGUGCACACAGUUAACUCACUGUGACCCAGCCUGAAGCAAGGCUUCUGUGAAAGGCACAGCCACUGCAGUGCUCUGCUGGCCGUUGGCUGCAAGCCAUGCUAAAGCGGUCAGCGUGCUAAAGUGAGGGUGUGCACGCGCGCACGCACACACACACACACACACACAAACACACACGUGUGCUCGCAAACACAGAUGAACAGAAGGAAGACGGUUUUGUGCUCGCCAAGGUGACCCCUGCUGUGGCUCCCAGGGAAUGUCAGGUGUGACCUGCUUCGAUAGUGUGUUCAGGAGGGUUGGACUGCCCCAGACUCACGGGGAGCACUUUGUUCAAUGGGACACAUAGCACAGCCCGCCCAUCGUAACCCAGAUCUUACUGUGGGGCAGUGUUGGCCCCGACGGCUUGUGCAGGAGCUCCUUGGCGAGAUCCAGUAGCCGAAUCCAGGUCACCUCUCGGCCUUUGAUGACAUCCUCCGUCAUUGAGAGGCCGAAGCCAGAGAAGACUCCUCGGGGAGCUCCACCAGGCAUUCAGCGGUGGCCACGCUGGAUUUCUUGGUACUCGGUGCCAGGUUAGCUGUAGAGUCAGCACCAUCUUACCCUGAGGAAGCGCUAGGACUUUCGCCAGUCUGCCCGAGUCUUAGGUAGUCUAACUGAAGCUAACACAGUUGGGUUUUUAAGAGAGAUAGGCUCAUCCCUGUGUUACACCUUUGUAUUGUGUUAAAAGGAAAUGUAGGCCAGAAACAAAAAUGAAGCUAGUCAUUCCAGGUAGAGCAGUGACCUGAGUUGACCUGACACUUUAUAAUGUUUUGGGAGGUUGCAUUGAAGCACUUUAAUGCCAGUUUUUGAGCAGAUGUUCUAGAAGCUGGUUUGGAACUGCACAACUCUAGAGAACUGGAUGAAAACUAUGUAAGGAUCCUAUAAACCUGGAGACGUUCCCGGCAACCCUCUGAGCCAUGGGGACAUCCCCGGGAAUGUCAAUGAUAUGCCUCCGGUCAGAUGCACAGAAAAAGUCCCAUUGGCAUUCGCUUCCUUCAAACCAUUGUUCUGCCUGGCUUGUUGGGCAUCUGAGGACGUGUAUUUUUAAUAAGGGCAACUCUGUGACAGCCUAAGGGCUGAACAGACUUCUCGCACACGGGGUGCCAGGUGGCAAGUUACACCAUCUUGGUAUAUAGGCUGUGUUUUCUGAAUGUAAAGCUGUUGUCAUUGUCCAUUCUGAAAAUGGAUAUUGUAACAAUGUUGACUCUGGAUGGAAUUGUGUACAUUUCAUAGGUUUUUAUUUCAAGGUGAGAUUUGUUACAGUUUAUAAAAGAUAUUUUCCUAUUUAGACCUCAGGGUUACAUGUGACUCCCAGCAGCUUCAAAUUCCUCUAUCCAGAACAUCCAGAAGGUUAAUAAUCUUUAAGUUAAAUAUGAUACCUUAUUCAGCAGAAAGAAUGUGUCUGUCCCUUUCAACUAACAAUUUCUGUAAUAUUUUAAAAAUAUAGAAAAAUAUUGUAAAAAUAUCGGGGAGGGGAUUGUGGCUACAGGAUUAAACAUCACUUGUGAAAUCAACAUUCUUGUGGUACAACGGUGUGGUAUUGGAAUAAACCAAAGUGUGUAUUAA